AAUUUUUCACUGUUUCCUCAAAACCAGUUUACUAGUUUCUAGUUCUACCAAUCUUAACAACUCCUUUUCCAUUAUACAGAUUUUAAAAAUGGAUGGAUCAACUAGCAUUGACUGUGGAAGUGUGGACAAGUGUCUUUCAAAUUAUAAUUUGGGAAAGACACUGUGCUUUUGGACCUUUGGAAGGGUCAAAUUUGCAGAGCAUGUAUUGAGUGGUGAUAAAGUUUCUAUAUAUAUUAUUAACCGUCGUUGGACAUUGGACAAAACAAUGGAAGAAAAGGUAAGAAGAGAAAUCAAUACUUUAAGAUUGUUAAGGCAUCCUCACAUUAUACAAGUAUAUGAGGUGGUAGAAACCACAACACAUAUAUAUGUUAUUAUGGAGUAUUUGGAAUCCGGAGAUCUUUUUGAUUAUAUAAUAGUAAAAGGUAUGUUGCAAGAAGAUGAAGCGCGCAAGUUUUUUCAACAGAUAAUUUCUGGUGUGGAGUAUUGUCACAACAAUAUGGUGGCUCAUAGAGACUUAAGGCCUGAAAAUAUAUUUUUGGACUCAAAAUUUAAUAUCAAGAUUGCUGAUUUUAGCUUGAGCAAAACUAUGCAAUAUGGUCAAUUACUUAAGACAAGUUGUGGAAGUGCUACCUAUGCAGCCCCCGAGGUUAUCUCUGGAAAAUUAUAUGCUGGAUCUAAAGUUGAUGUUUGGAGUUGUGGUGUAAUUUUAUAUGCUUUUCUAUGUGGUAGACUUCCUUUUGAUGAAGAAAACAUUCCAAAGCUAUACAUAAAUAUAAAGGGUGGCGUAUACAAUAUUCCUAGUUAUUUAUCACCUGGUGCUAGAGAUUUAAUAUCAAGGCUUCUUGAGGUGGAUCCUAUGAAGAGAAUUACUAUACUUGAGAUACACCAACACCCUUGGUUCAAAAUUUCUCUGCCACAUUAUUUGGCUUUGCCACCACCACCAGAGAAAGUUCAACAAUCCAAAAAGGAGGAGUUAUGGCUUGACAAUCCAGGUCGCAAAAAUGUGUUAUUUUAUCUACUAUCGAAACUAAGUUGGUUACUACCGCGAAAGCUUGUAAAUAUUUUCUUUUGAUGUUUGGAUGAAGAAUUUUAUACAUCAACUUGGUUUUGCUCAAAAAAGGAUACUAAUUCUCUAGAGGUUAAAAAGGUUCCGAAAGGUGACGAUGAUUCAGAAAUGAUGACAAAGACUGCAUGAGGAAAAAUUUGAAGAUUGUUAUUCAGUUUGGUUAAAUUUGCAACCACUUGAGUUAGAGAAGAACUUUGGUGGGCCUAUAAUCGUGAAAAAAAUUCUUUAAGAUCUUUCAACAUGCUUUAGAAAUUUAAGGGACAUUAGAGCAUAUUGAGGAGCGUAAAGAGAAUUUUUCGUCUCUAUCACUACUUCAGAAAUUACUUUCUGUCCAAGACUAUGUUUAUAAGCAAAAACUUACUUUGUAGACAUAAUGUGGGGUUGGUUAUGUUUGUAAUGACAUAUAAAUUAAAAAUAACAUUACAGGGUUACAUAAUACAUGCGAGAUAGAUUUUUUGUUGUCACUUUUGACAAAAAU